GAUGGAGUGUCAACAAGCGUGACACUGCUAAUCUGAAACUGACGUGUUUUGAUAUCCUACACUUCGUCAGUUUAUACGCCCAAACUCAACGUGCAUAAUGGCGUCUUUGGACGGUUACAACUCCCAAAUAGACGACAUCAGAUCAUCAGAAUUUCCAAACUUGGCAGGCUGUGUUUACCUGGAUCAUGGCGGGACCACACUUUACUCCAGGAGUCAGCUGGACGCUGUCCAUCAGGACUUGACUGCUAACGUGUUUGGGAACCCUCAUAGUCGCAGUGAGAGCAGUGUGCUGACCACUGAUACCAUCGAUCAGAUGCGCACCAGAGUUCUUGACUUUCUCCACGCAGCUCCUGGAGAGUAUACUCUCAUUUUCACUUCUGGAUGCACAGGAGCCCUUAAGCUCAUUGCAGAAUAUUUUGAUUUUACUGGUGAAUUUUCUGCCCGGCCGGAGAAGACAGACGGUUCUGAUGAAGCAGUAAACUCAAACGACAGUUUACAGAGACCUACUGACGACCAGAAGAUCCCUCCUUCAAAUUUGCCCCUUAAAUUUCACAAAAAUUUGCCCCAUGGGAAGAGUGGUUGCUUUUGUUAUUUGUUGGACAACCACACUUCAGUGCAAGGCAUGAGAGAAGUCGCCGCGAGCAAAGGUGCAGAAAUAAUUUGUUUUGAAGAGGCUGAUUUGAUGGGGGUUUCGAUGCCCGGGGCGGGACAUCAAGCGAGUAACGGGCAGAUAUUAGAUGUGCGAGGCUCUCGUAGGGAGCACACACCUAGAGGCAACUGUCUCUGGGCCAUCCCUGCACAAUCCAAUUUCUCCGGUCGUAAAUAUCCGCUCGACUGGCUCAUCAAGGCGAAAAAAGGGGAUUUUCCUGUGCAGAAAAGUUGUGCUGGACCCUGGUUCACGUUAUUGGAUUCUGCUGCACUGCUCGGCACAUCACCUUUAGACCUUUCCCAACACAAACCAGACUUUGUAUCUCUCUCCUUCUAUAAGAUGUUUGGUUACCCAACAGGAUUAGGAGCUCUGGUUGUACAUAGAGAUGCUGUCAAAACCCUGAAGAAGACUUACUUUGGUGGAGGGACAGUGGCUGUGAGUGUGGCCAAGUCGCAAUUCCAUGUCGACACUCCCAGAAUUCCUGACAGAUUUGAAGAUGGGACAGUGUCUUUUCUGGAUAUUAUUUCAUUGAGGCAUGGCUUUGAUGCUUUGAACAAAAUUGGUGGUGGUAUGGUAGCGAUAUCCAAUCACACGUUUUCUGUGGCACGCUACUUUUACCAUGAACUAAAGAAUCUACACCAUGGAAACGGUAACCCAUUGGCAGUGAUCUACUGCGAUACUGUCUUUGAUGACAUCAGCACUCAGGGAGCUGUAGUGAAUUUCAACAUCUUGCGGGGUAAUGGGCAGUACGCAGGGUUUGCUGAGGUGGAUAAACUGGCACAGUUACAUAAUAUACACCUGAGAACAGGCUGUUUCUGUAAUAUCGGAGCUUGUCAGAAACACCUGGGAUUGACUGAAGAACAAAUCAAGAAGAACUAUGAUGCUGGUCAUGUGUGUGGUGACAACAAGGAUUUAGUGGACGGUCUUCCCACAGGAUCUGUGAGGAUUACCUUUGGUUACAUGUCCACGAUAGAUGACGCACAAAAAUGCCUACAGUUCCUUGCUGACUGUUUCUUGGAAGAUGUAAAGGAUAAGCCAGUUUUCUCCAGAUCACAGAUUAACAUCCCUGAGCCACCUAAGAGUCUAGGAAAUCAUGAGGUGGCAAGCUUUGAUAUGGCAAAGAACGUUGGUCCACCAGCUCAGCACCUAAGUCAGAAUAAUGUUGACCAGUCUUUCAGGUCACUUAUUUCAUCCACAUUGGCUGAUGCAUCUGACAUUGUUCUUACAAACAUUUUCCUAUUUCCUGUGAAGUCUUGCGGAGCUUUUGAGGUGACAGAGUGGCAAAUUGGUCCUAAGGGUUUUCUGUAUGACAGGAACUGGAUGAUCAUCAGUGACAGCGGGGUUUCCCUGAGUCAGAAGAGGGAGCCAAAGUUAUGUCAGCUCCAGCCACAGUUGGACUUAAAACAGAGAAAACUUAUUUUAAACUUUCGAGGUGUCAGUCCCCAUGUAGUGCCUAUAGAUCUGCCCCCUAGGGAUGCGUCCAAGUCCCCACCCUGCUCCAGUAAAGUCUGCGGUGACAGGGUUAGUGGUACAGAUUGUGGUGAUGAGGUAUCCGAUUGGCUAGCAAAAGCUCUUGGAAGACCAGGAUGUAGACUGAUACAGCAGGCUUGUGAUGAUGAGAGGCAAAGUAAACUGAAGGAUGCAGACAAGACAACGAAGCAGACAUCUGCUCCCAUGGCUUUGACCAACCAGUCUCAGUUCCUGCUGAUCAACAGGGCCAGUGUUGCUAGGUUACAGGAAAAACUACAGGAGAACCAGGAGAAAUUCCACGAUGAACCAGUCAUGGACACAGAAAACUUGAUCGAUCGUUUCCGAGGUAACCUGGUCAUAAAGGGUAAAGAGGCAUUUGAGGAAGAAUCUUGGAACUUGAUUAGGAUUGGAGAAAUCUCUUUUGUGAGUCAAGGACGUUGUAGUCGUUGUCAGAUGGUGAGCAUGGAUCAGAGGACAGGAGAGAAGAACAACGAGCCUCUAAGAACUCUCGGGUCAUGGAGGGGAGGAAAGAUACCAUUUGGUGUUUAUUUACGCUGGGAAACAGAAAAGUCCGGUUCAUCUACAUUGUGUGUAGGAGAUGUGGUCAACAUAUUAUAAAUCAUGAUGAAAAUAAAUGAAGCGUUAAAAGAAUUGCAAUAACAUUAUCUGAUGUAAAUUUUAUGUCACCAAUUUGUUUUCAACGCUUAAAUUUCAUAUGAACUUAUAUUCUAGAUUUUGUUGGAUUAUAUCGGUGUCAUAUCGUUACAAUGGGAUAUUUUUUUAUACUUUGCUGAAUGCAAUUUACUUGCAAAAUAUAAUUGCACUUUACAUGUUUUCUCAAAUUUAUGUGAUUUUAAGGUAUAAAGUUGAUGACAUCUUUACUAUAUUAUAAUAUUCAAGUAUAUUUGUUACAUGGUUUUACAUUAUCAUGAACUCUGUGUUGGAUGCAGGGUUUAUGAUCUUGAAUAGUUUUUUGAUCUGUAAACAUAGAAGUAUGUUUGAUACAUUUGUUAGUCUUAAGCCUGUUUACUGUUUUAUAUUUUUGUAAUUUUUCAUACUUUUGAGGGUAAGCAAUGUUGAAAUAAGUUUUCUAUAUGGUUAUUGCAGAGAACAAUGUAGUUAAUUUUGCUGUUUUUGAUUUGUAUCCAGGAACAAAUAUGUUAGUUAGUUGUAUAGUUUCUAGAUUGUUAUGUGAUUAUUAAAAAUAUCCAGUGCUGAUAUUCUUUUUCACCUGAUGUGUAACAUAUUACAUACACAUAUAUUCAUGAUUCAACCCUUACUUUGUGAUGUGGAGGAAGUAAUUUAUUGCAUAUUAAAAUAUAAAUCCAAAAUG